GCGGAAGGACGCUGGACCACGCCGCGUGCAAAAAAAACUAAAUUGUUCAGUGGUAUAUAAAGAGCCUCGGAUGAUCCAGUUGAAUCAAGCCAGUCCACUACCAUCGACAAUUGCUUACAGUUCUCCAUCCCGACCGCGCUCAAAAUGUACAAGGUAUUCGUUUUCCUGGCCAUCGUCGCCGCUGCCAGCGCCAUGAGCUUCGGCUUGGGAGCUCCUCUCCUCUCCAAAGUCAACUACCAGCCGGCAGAGUACACCCACAUCCGACCGGAGGUGACUGUCCAGCAACCCGAAUACAAGUACAAGAGCUAUCCAGUGCCCGUGCCCGUAGCUCAGCCAUAUUACACUGCCCCGGUCGUGCGCAACUUUGUCGCUGCUCCCCAAUUCGCGGCCUACCCCGGAUUUGCAGCUCCACUGGUUUAUUAACAUUUCCAAGAUGUUUCCUACAUUUUUUUUUUUUUUAAAAGAACGUACGCACAAAAAAAAAGGAAAAAUUCAAAAACCUAAUUUGGAACUUGUUUUUUUUUUUUCCGGAUCCCAUUCGAUCAAUAAAAAGAUUUUUUUUUUAUUACAUGCCCAACUGUCGAUGAAUGUCUUUAAAAGAUGAAUUAUGUAAACGCAUUUAAAAAUAAAAAGGUAAUUAAAAUCGCAA